ACUAAAUUAUUCGUAAAUUUUACACUUUUUACAUUCGAAGCUAUAUCGCCGUAAUAAGGCACACAGGUUUUGGUUUUUAAGUGUUACAAAUUGAACUUAAAAUGGGUGUGAAAAAUUUUACGGUGCAGUUUCAUGAUAAUAAAGUGAUUUACUCUCCGGGACAACCUGUCAAUGGCUCGAUUCUUAUUGAGCUAGAAGAACCAAUGAGAAUGAAAGCUGUUAAAAUAAAGUUUUCUGGCAAAGCACAAGUCUCUUGGACAGAAACAAGGUCUACUGGCAAAACAACAUACACUGUUCGGUAUAGCUCUUGUGAGCAAUACUUUAAAGAAGAGGUUUCCGUGUAUGGAGAAGGGUCAGUUGGAGCUUUUGCAAACUCAGAAGAGCUACCUGCAGGGCAAAGUGUGUUUCCAUUCCAGUUUUUUCUUCCCCCUACAUUACCGUCUUCAUUUGAAGGGGCCCACGGUCAUGUGCGUUACCUUAUCCAUGCUUCAAUUGAUCGUCCGUGGCAUUUUGAUCCCAAAACCAAAGCUGCAUUCACAGUUCUGGAUUCAUAUGAUCUCAACCUGGAAACAGAUGCAAGAAUUUCGCCAACUGCCGAAGACUCAAAAACAAUCUGCUGUUGGUGCUGCGCCAGUAAUCCCAUUACUGCUGUAGUGCGGGCUGAUAGGACUGGAUAUGUACCAGGAGAAUUCAUUACAAUUAAUGCUACAGCUGAAAACGGCAGCACACGCAAGUUAAAACUGACUAGAGCAUCAGUUGUACAGAAAGUUCGUUUCAUGGCUGUGGCUCCACAUAAAAAGACAAGAACUUGGCGCAAGUCUAUGGCGGACGUAGAAGGACCUGCUGUUACUAGACGUCAAACUAUACAUUGGAAUAAUGAAAGAAUUCAGAUACCAGCGUUACCACCAUCCGAACUGAGGAAUUGCAACAUCAUGAAUAUUGAACAUUAUUUGGAGUUCAGAGUUGUGUUACCUCGAUUGAGCAAAGAUCUUUGUGUUAAAGUUCCAAUUAAACUGGGAACAGUCCCACUACAGGGUAUUACCCCUUAUAGUCAGCUUCCACCCACUAUGCCCCAGCCUGGAGGGGAAAUCCCACUGCAACCCACCGCAACUGCCCCCACACCGCAACCAAUGCCACCAGCUUAUCAAAUGCCCCCACCUUCCUACAUGGCAGUCGUAGGCGGAGAAGUUGCAAUCAAAGACGACGACGAUAAUAACCACAUGAUGGGAGGCCAGAGCUUUGCACCCCAAUAUACAUAUUAUGACUGGAGUCAGUCAGCUUUUACAUACAACUAAACUAUAGGCCAAUCCUGGCCUAAAUCUCAGGUCCCAUGACGUGCCUUACUGUAGAACCUCACCCACAUAGAAUAGAACAAAAAUCACUUAGAUUUUUAAGCUGGGUUUAUGUAUAUGACUGAUACCUGUAGUCCUGUAUACUUAUAAAAAUUGUGUGAUAGCUUGGCUUAAAACUCUGGUUUCUGAUCUGGCAUGUUAGCCCAUUACAUAUUUAGAACAUAUAAGCCUUAAAAUUAACUGGAAUAUUUUAGUUACAUAUGCUUACUAAUAUCAUGUACAUAAGCUAUGUUUUAUUUGGCAUAGUAGCACAUUUAAAAUAAGACAGAUUUUUAAGUUUCAGUGGCAAAAUCCGCAGUGAAUUUCUAGGUCUUAUAUUUUUGCAUUUGUAACAUAAAUAAAUAGUUUCAGUUUUAAAGUUGAAAAACAUGACAAAUAUAUGUUUUGAAAGCCAUAUGUAAUAUACCUUAUCAAA